GAAAGGCGGGCCAACCACGCCUGGUGUUGGAAUAUAAAAAGGAGUGAGCUUCGUAUCUUUCACUUCACUCCUUUUCCUCUGCAUGCAGUGUGACUGAGGUGGAACAUUCAAGUCUAAUCAUGAGCAGGAACUUCUUGUCCAAAAAUGAUGAGCUCCGCAAGGGAGACUUCUUGGUGUCCAACAAUGGAGAGUUUAAGGCGAUUUUCCAGGAUGAUGGCAACUUUGUCAUAUAUGGCUGGAAGCCUGUGUGGGCUUCAGACACUUAUGGAUCCGAUGCUGUCCGUCUGUGCAUGCAGGCUGACUGCAACCUGGUCAUGUACAACCCGCAAGAUGAGCCCAAAUGGCACACAAACUCUUCCAAAUCCAGUUGUAACAUGUGUCGUCUUCAGCUGACCGAUGACGGCAGACUGCUGGUGUACAGGGAAGCUGACGAGAUUUGGAACUCUGCUAACUCCAAAGGCAUGAAGUAAUAAAAACAUCUGAAUGUCAGCUUGAGUUACUCAGUAAAGCUGCCUGCCAUGUAAACUGGAACCAAAUAAAAAAUUAAAUUCUGCAUCACAA